AACCUCUACUUCUGGCUGCAGGUGGCACUGACCUACAAGAUCACACCUCGACGCGGAGGGAAGUGGAUGGGGUUGAUUCGGAUAAUCUGCUGUCUCAUAUGCACAGCUUGCCUCAUCCUGCUACCGGUGCUGCACUUCUGGAAGAGGAGGUCAGGAGCUGCCAUUUGCGAGUGGAUUGCUGCUAUGGUCCUGCUGCUCCUCUUCGGGCUCUUUGCUGUGGAUUUCCGGCACAUUGAUGGUCAGUGCUUCCACGUCGUUCGGGAAAAGGCCAGGAUCCAGAACUCCACCACCACGCUGGAGUUAUAGCAGGGACUGUAAUGGACUGCAGUACUGACCUUAAAGAAACAGAAAAGAACGCUUUAUUGAACUGACCAGUGUCUUUCACCCGCCCUUUGGACUGUGAAGGUGAUUUCCACAAUCCCAGGAUGUGGCGCCGGACGCUUGAUUACAUUAAAGGUGCUACAUGAAUGCACAUAGUUGUAGUGUAAAAAUUGAACAGUCGACCUCAGGCAUUUGAGGGAUCUCAGAAUUUGGGGGAUAAGGAAUGAGCCUUUUGGUACACACCCAUCUCCUUAGUUUUAUCCAGCUCCAUGAAUUGGUGUUCACUGAAUGUAACCAUCUCUUUCUAGAGUUAAGAUAGAAUCACCCCAAUCUACCGAAUACAGGGACAGGCUGGAUGGGUUGAGUGGCCUCCUAUAUUCCGAUGAUAGAACAAAGUAAAUUGUUCUGAUGGACUGAUCGGGAGGGUCACUGACACUGUCCCGGCAAGGGACUGGAAUCACAGCCGCACAAAUACUGAUUCAAUGAGAUUCUACCUUAGCUCAUCUUCAACUGUUCCAAAGGCCGAACUAAUCCACGUGACGUGUACUCACUGCUGAAAUGGUCACAAGUCAUGGCAACCAGCAGAAUUUCGUCUCAUUUGGCUGUUUCACAGAGCGAGGAAGAGACUCUCCACAAGAGUCUGGAAGUAGAGAGAGGGAGGGAG